AACAAAGAAGAAGCAGAAAGACGUGGAGAAGGAGAAUGAGAAGAAGAAAAUAAUCUAUUAAUUUCUUAACAGUUAGCGAUGUCAAAAAUUGUUUGUUCCACGGUCAUGCAGAUGUUUACAAGCCCGGUUUUAUUAACGGGCGCUGUCCUCAGAUUAAGCUCUGUAAGCUCUGUCAGACACAGUCACUGGAUCAGCUCAGUAUUUUCAUUGAAGACUUCAGUUCCUUUAAGAGCAGAGCCAAAGAAAAAGAAGAAGGUUGACCCCCGCCGUGAGCUUAUGGUAAAAGAACGUUUGAAGAAAAAGGUGAAGAAGCUUGAGAAAAUCCCACCUGAGUUUAUUCCCAUAGAAGACCUUAUACCUCCAGCGAAGUGCUUUGAUGAGAUCAGAGUACGUAGCCCUCCCAAGUUGUCUUUUGAAGAGAGUGAGAGAAGGGCACUGCUUCUUAAGGUUUGGUCCAGAUACAAAAACUCUCAGCACCAGGCUGAGAUGGCAGCUAUUGAAGAGGCUCUUAAGUCACAGACACAAGCUUUAAAAGAACUUCGACUGGAAUCUGAGGAUCUUUACAACGCAGCAAUUAGCCCUGACAGCAGUAUUUUCCCUUUCCAACAUCAUGGUCCCUGCUACACACCACCUAUUCCAGACCAAGAGGCACCUGAUGGCAAAUAUAAUAAUGUUACACGGGUGUAUACACAAUGAUGGAACCUAGUAACUCCUAGUACUAAUGGAAAAAAGUGUGAUGGUACUCUGUCAUUUCUUUGUCUUCUAUAUAUUGAGCAGUUGAGUGGUUGAGAAGUUGUAUUAAAUGCUUUUUUAGAAAGGCAGCCAAUGUUCUUCUUAAAUUAAAGUUUCUGUUCUUACUGAC